UGCGUUGCGCAUGCGUGUUAAAUGGACGCCAUGUUUAGUAGCUAACAUACGGAAAUGUGUUGUUGACAAAAGUUUUAGACAAACAUGAAAACGAUAGUAGUAAUUGUUUUCGCUUUAACACUUGUAAUUGCUAAAGAAGAACUCAAUGACGAUAUUGAUUCACUCUUAAAUGAUCCCAAACUUGCUGCAGAAUUCUAUAAAGUUGUUAAAAGACUUGGCAUUGACAUACCGAUAAAACAAGCACAACCUGGUCGAACAGCUGAUGAUGAAAAAUAUUCAACUUGUAGAAAUAAAGUGUAUCAAAAUACUAUCAUCAGAACAUCUGAUUCGAGGAAGGCCGGAGCAAAGUUUCUGAUAUCAAUUGAAAAUGUGAAAUCGAAUGAAAACUGUUACAAUGAAUGCUGCAAUACAGAUGGUUGUGAUCUUGCCGUCUAUGGACAGGGAGAUGAGACAAAGCACAAUUGCUACCUGUUUCGCUGUAAAGAUAAAGUGACCAAAGAAAACAAGUGCUUGUUCAACAAUUACACAGGGUAUGUUUCCAGUACUGUAUCAAAAAUCAAGGUGGUGUCAAAACAUCCAGACAAGAUAGAAGAUUUGGAAUCAUUAAAGAAUGUGGAAGAAGCUCGAACAACAGCAUAUGUACCACCCCCUACAACAACACCCAAACCACCACCACCACCGACAGAACGUCCUCAUACAGUUGCCUUGGGACGGGUUUGCCACUCAAAACUGAGUUGUGAAGAUCCGAAUGCCAAGUGCUUGGAUGGCAUGUGUCAGUGUAAAGCUGCAUUUUACCAGAAGCAGCGAGUUUGUCGACAAAUUUGUAUCCGUGAGAAGGAGUUUGAAUGCCGCGCAAGGGGAACGUCUCGGCGGGGUCCUGACUGUAUCACCACCUCCCUGGUUUGUGACGGAACCCACGACUGUGCAGACGGCUCUGAUGAACUAAACUGUCCAACUAAAGCGACACCAGUGGUGCAGGAUCCUUGGUUCAGCAAGUCCAGUGGACAUGAUUCAGUUGAAGACAACUUGGAUAAACAAGACAAAAAAUACCAUGUACCAGUUUCGAGUAGUGACAGUUCCGAAACUCCCAGAGAUGGCAACCAUUAUGGUUUUCCUCCUCUUGUUCAACACCCAGACUGGGAUUAUAAUGAUGAAGAUAAUGAUGACCAGUCAGAUAAAGGCCUCAAACAUGACAACUUGGAAAAAGAUUCUGACGCUGCUACAGACCGUUAUCUUAGCGAUUCCAAAAACAGUAAUAGUGAUGAACAGAAAGUUUAUGAUGAUAAGAAACCAGAUAUAACUGCUAAGAACACCAUGCCUAUUUCAUGGGCGGAUGAUGAAAAUAUCUUGGAUGGAAAGACGCAGAGUAAAGCAUCACUACAAGAUGAGCUGAGUUCCAGUCAGAAAGACCUUGAUAGCCAGGUACAGAAACAAAAGAGCGAUGAUGCUGAUGCAUCACAGACCAUAAGUAAAAACAGUGAAAACCAGAAGCCAGCCGAGCAUUUAAACAUUCCUUCAAAGCCAAGAGCUGGCAGACCCGAGGCUCUACCUCGUCCCACCCCGGCUGUUGAUGCCAGUCCAGACAUCAUUGAUAUACCUGAACCAGUCCCAGAAGCAUCACCAGAAGAUACUGAGAUAGCCAAAGCCAAUUCCAAGUCUCUGCCUUUUGAUAGUGACAGCUGGUCAGACUAUGUGAAGAAUACCGAUCUCUUGCCGCCACGUAAACCGGUUGACUCUACUCCAGACAGUGACAUACCAUACGGUCCCGAUCAGCUGGAUUAUCACCAAGGACUGCCGUACCAACCUAACAGGCCAUACCAGCCAUCACCACCCCGUUAUGGACCAAACCAGCUUGGACGUUAUCCUAGUUACCGAUAUCCUGGGUACAACCAACAGUAUCCUGGCUACAAUCUGGACUAUCCAGACUAUGAUCCCUAUUUCACAGAUCAGGAUCAGGAUUUGAGAAAUGCGGGAUUCUCACCUCAAACAGAUCCAAACUAUCCUGGUAGAGGUUACAGACCAAAACCUGAACUGCCUGGACAACGACCAACUCCAGAUGAUAAACAAAUCAUGGUUAACCAGAAAGGACCCAUUAACAAAUCUGGUUUCUCACAGCACUUGUCAGACAACAUCAUUGAUACCCAGUCACCAGGAAGCGAUAUGAUAGAACAGCCUGACAGUAUACCUGACGACUCCUCCAAAAUAAGCGAUAAGGAAGAUAACCACAGCAGUUCUCAAGAGAAAACGGAUUCACAGUAUGAAAAUAAGGAACAAGGAGCAGAUAAUAACAAUGCUAAAGAUAAAACUGCAACCAAAGACCAGUCAGUGACAGGUAAACCUCACAAAACUGUGACACAAUCUGGUGACAGUCACUCGGGCAGUAGCACUAACAGGAAGACAAAAGAAAACAAGAAGCAACAAAACAAGGUUGAGAUCAUUGAGGAAAAGGAAACAUUUGUAACAAGGGAAAAGGUGAUUGUGGCCAGUCCCACAGACAAUGCACAAGGACCGAUUGUUGCCUUGUCCCUUGGACUUGCCAUAACUUUGGUGUUGCUCAUUUUUGUUGGUUGUCGGUUACGCAAUGUUCGCAGGCGAUUAAGAAAGGGACGACCCUUGCAUUCCAAUGAAGCCGAUUAUUUGAUUAAUGGCAUGUAUUUGUAAAGCUGUGCUUUACAAAUGCUGUUGUGAUGUGUCACAAAAAAUAUUUUCUUCUGUUUGUGUUGUUGGUGAUAGAAUUAUGUUAAGAACUUGACAAAUAGGUAAAAACAUCCUAUAUUUAAUAAUUUUAUAAGAAAAUAUAAAUGUUGUAUGUUCAUGUCUGUAAGUUUCAUGUUACAUAAUCAGACUGUUAAUUAAUAAAAAUGCAAGGUUAAAAAAUUUCACAGCAUUUUAAUAUAAACAGCCAGUUAUAUCCAGGUGUUCUGUACUCUAAAAUCCAAUCAUCUAUUGUCACUGAACAUAAUUAUCUUUGAUUAAUGUCAGUAUUAAAAACAUUUACAUGCAUAUUAUAAAAGAGAAAAUCCUAUAUAUAUCCAAUUGACAAUCCAGAUGUUAGGUUUUUAUCUUAAAAUUACAUUCCUCCUUUUAUUUCAUUUGAGUUUAAGUAUGAUGUAUAUAUAAUUUGGAGUGACAACUUGCGCUUAAAUCAGUUGCCAUUUUUAUGUCAGAUUUAUUGUUCAUUGCAUCAGUAAACUAUUGAUUAAACCAUAUUUAGUUGUUUAUAUCAGUAUAAAAAAUUGUUUUCUUAUUAUGCAUUCCAUGUCUCUUAGGAAUGUGUCACCACAUAGAACUUUCUGAAAUCUGGUAUUCAAGAGGGAGAGUAUGCACAAAGAAUUUGACCUGUUUCCAUCCAAUCAGAUACAUUUAACUUUGGAUGCAAAAUCAGUCUAGUUAGCACCUAUGAGCAUUUGACUCCUCAACAUGCUACUGAUGGUGCAUUAUAUUGAAAACAUAUAUUUAAUCAUAUUUAUAAGAAAAUAUGAAUGUUUUAUGUUCAUAUCUGUAGAUAUCAAAUGUUACAUAAUCAAACUUGUUUAAAAAUCCCAGAAUAUAUUGCUAAUCAAAAUGUAAGAUUGAAAAAAAUCUCCAACAAGCAUUUACAUCAAACAUAUUCAGUAGUCUAAAAAAAAAGAAGCCUACUGAGCAUUUGACCAUCUGAACAGUUCAGUUUAGAACAGUUCAGUUUAAAGGAAACCAUUCCCGAUAUGGUUUAAAAAAUAAAUAAAAUAAUAAUCCAUUCCAUAUUUGUUAAAUGUCAACUCUGAAUUUGAUAUAAAUAUUACAUGUUUAUGCGCAGUGGAAACAAAAUUAAUCUUUACAUGAACAUUUCCAUUGUUACAAUGAUGAGAGACAGUACUUUUUUCUUCUUUUUUUGUUGAAAAUAAUAUUUAUAAUUAUUUUUAAAUGUCUAUUAUUGAUUUUGUUUAAUUUGUUUUCAGUUUUAUUGAACGUUUUGUUUAAAAAAUGCAAUACAGGUUUUUCCUCUUCAGUAUAUAUGUGAUCUUACAUUUUAUAACUUUUGUAUUCCAUUGUGAAUUUGUUUUGUGUUCAAAGUUUAUGAUUAUGUACUUUACUUAUAACUUUGUGUGUUGCAUGACAUUGGUUGUUACUAUAGAUGUUAAAACCUCUCAAUGUUUCACAAAUUGUCAUUCCAAGUUCUGCCAUGUCUGUUUUUUUCUGUAUUUACAAUCUUUUGAACAAUUUUAUAUAUACUUAUAUCUUUCGUUUGCACUUAUAUGUUGUAAAAUCCUUUGUCAUAAUAUAUUUAGUAUGAAUAUUGAAGAUAUAUUCUUGAUUAUUAUUAUAAUAUAUAUAAACUGAUUCUGUUUUACUGUUAUAUUUAAUCUAAGUUAGAAUUGUUGGAGAAAUAGUUUUUUUUUUUUUGUAUUUUACUGUCUUUGCUCAUUCCAAUAUGAUUAAAUUACUGUUCUAUGUAAUUUAAGAUCAUUUAUAUUGUCUGUCCUGUCUGUGGAAAUGAAAAAAAAAAAAAAAGAGUUAAAUUUUAUAGACUAGAAUAAAAAAAAAACUUUCAGUUCAUAUUUAGUGAUCACCUAGUUCCAAAAUAUCUAUACUGAUAGAUUUCUGUUCAACGAUUUUGCUCUUGGAUUUUCAGGCUAUUUGAAUUAACAGGAAGGCAUCUCUACUGAAAGCCAGAUAUUAAUCAAAUCAACUCUUUUAUUGUUGAUGUUAUUUGUAUUGUAAUACAGUAUAUACAUUUUGUACCCCCUCAAAAAAAUUCUUGUUCUAAUGAUUGUCGAUUUAAAUAUAUAUUUUGAGCUAUCAAAGGAAAUAAACAUGAGCAUUUUUCUGCAAUUCAUUGGAUUAGCUAGUUUUUCGUGUUUAUAACACAAAUCUAUAAAGAAUGACAUUCCUUAAAUAACAAUAGUCGUUUUAAAAUUGUAGCAUAUUGUUAAAGAGCAAUGACAUACACAGUGACAGUGCAUUUAAAUAUAUAUAUAUAUAGGAAUACAUAUUAGGCAUGAUGUAGCGUCGAUUUAAAUAAUUUUAUAUUGUUAAUAGAUAUGUUCAUAUGCAAUAGAUGGUUAUUCUAUUUAAGUGAAUUAUAGAAGAAAAAAUAGAUGCUGUUCAAAAUAUUUAGUGGACCCCAUAGCACUAAAGACUAGAUUAAAAAAGGAAAUGCAAAAUGAAAAUUUCCCUUUGGUAUUGGCACUGUUAAGAAAAAGAAGCUGUAGAGUUAUUCACAUUUCAUUAUCCAUUUUGUGUAUUAUCUGCUUACCAACAAAUGACAAGCAAUUAGGUAACCCAAAUGUGAUCCACAUCUCCAACACUGAUGAUCAAAGAAUCAUUUUCACUUCAUUAAAGUUUUGUACAAUGUUGGUAUUGCUUUAAAUUUUGUGCAGUUAUAUAAUCAAUAGGUUACUUUUUUUUUUAGACCAGAUCUUUUACUACAGUCCAUGUGUCUUUUUGUUGCUGGUUUCCCUAAAGUACCAACUUUAAUAGGUUUGUUACCUUUAGCAGUGGAAAUAAUGCCAGGUCUCCAGUUUAAGACAAUAAAUAACAUCUGUUUUAUUCGUUGUCUGUGAUAAAUUUCACAUACUUUUCACAAUAAUAAACUGUUAUUUUCAA